AUGACAGAGCCUUACUCUACAAUGCAGACUAAUUAUGGUGUACCUCAAAUUCCAACAAACCAUCCUAUACCUACCUACGCGCCUCCAGAGACUUCAGCCGAGAACGCGUUCGAGAAGGAAUUUUGGCUCAAGACACUCUCAUCAGUUCAACAGGACUCAUUCGAUUUUAAGGUUCAUCAAUUACCCUUGGCUCGCAUCAAAAAAGUCAUGAAGUCAGAUGAGGAUAUGAUUAGUGCCGAGGCACCAAUCUUGUUUUCCAAGGGUUGCGAUGUAUUUAUUGCUGAACUCACUCAGCGUGCCUGGAAGCAUGCAGUAGACAACAAACGAAGAACCCUGCAGCGCUCAGAUAUUGCUGCUGCAAUCUCAAAAUCAGACAUGUUUGAUUUUUUGAUAGACAUUGUACCUCGUGAAGAACAGAUUAGACAGACAAAGCCUGAAAAGCCUUCUCUCGAAUACCGUGCUGGAACCCAACCCAAUUAUCCUAAUUUUAACUAUUGUAUUCCUCAAGGACACUAUGGACUGAAUGAGCAGGUAUCCAUGGACAAUCUUCAACAAGCUCAAUUGGCACUUCAACAACAACAACAACAGCAACAGCAUAUCAAUCCUCACACCCAUCAACCCAUGUAUAUGCCACAUCAAUUACUGAAUCACCCGAUGUAUCGUCAACCAGGUCAAUCAGAACAACAACCAGAACAUCAAAACUAUGCUAUCCAAAACCAUAGCGCUCCCAAUGGAUCAUCACAGCCAUCUUGAAUAUCCCAAAAAAAAUAGCACAAACGCAGGAACUCUCUUUUCUUUCUUCCUCUCUCUCUUUCUUUAUUGUUUUAUUACAUAGAAUGACACAUUAAUAAUACUUAUAGAUUAUAAACAACUUCCCUACUCUAUUUUUUCUUAGAAGAAAUAUAAUAAAUUAUUUAACAAUUGCAGACAACCG